UGAAAUACAUCUGAGCAGUGUUGAUUGUCUUGAGCCGCCUGUAAUGCCAUUGUCAAGACCAUUAUCGUGUGAGAUGUCGGCCUUCUCUACUUUUCAUGCUGCUCACCGAGUGAAUCAACAAAAUUUUCUGUCUUCACCCCGGAUUCUUGUAGAUUUACUUGCCACCCUUCUGCCACUCCACUCUUUCAAUUGUCUCUACAAUCAGCCUCAUCCUGCGCCCUGAACCCUGCCACCGCCUCACCUCAGUCGAUCCUUAUUUGCUCAUGGCUUCUCAUUCUGCCUGACCUUUUCACUGACAAGCAUUCACACGCCGCUGCCUUGCAGCCCUGUGUUUGCCUGACCUGCCAGCCUCUCCCACCCUCCGGUCACCACUUCAUCCCUCUCCUCCUUUUACUCCUUCAACAUGGCCGAAGAUACCGACCCUGCUCUCAUCGGCGACAUCGAAGACAUUCGAGACGAUAUUGCUUUUAGAGAAGGCCUUAUCGCAAGUCUCGAAGAGAUGGGUGCUGAUGAGGCUGAGAAUGACAUUCAAGAACAUCGAGCCCAAAUCAGAUCCCAGAAAAAGCGUCUCCGUGCUCUUCAGCCAGCUUUAGCUUCACAAACCAACAACAACAACAACCCGACGGCUAGCCGAGACAUGCAAAGAAUGAGUAUGGCGCCCGUGACCGACCGACCGGGGAGCAGCCAUUCUUGGGCUUCAGAAGACCAAUUACCUCAUCGCGGCCACGACCACUUCAGUCGAAAGCGUCAGAGAGGUGACUUUGGAUCUGACGAAGAUCUGAACGAGAGUUCUUACAAAUCACGUCGAACUACCCCGAGUUCUGUCUUGACAGCUGCGCCCUCGCCUGCAGACUCCAAUGGCAGCUUGGACAGCCUCCCCGAGUUCAACUCUCUAUUCAGUUCAACGGAGGAAGCCAAACGUGCCCGAGAGUUCUGGUCACAGCACGAAGAACGCAAGAGACAAGAAGAAGCAGAUGCAGAGCUUGCAAGAAAGCUAUCUCAACAAUGGAGUCAAGAUGAUACCGGCGGGGCUACUCAGGAGUCGAGUUUUGCUCGCCCUUCCGAAUACACUCAGCGCUUCCUCACAACUGAUGGCACAAUUAAUCGACGCCGAGCUACAUCCUCAAUCGACAACGGAGAAAGUUCUUCCAGCUCAACCAACCAGGCCUCUACCCCGAUGUCUCGACUUCAAGCCGCUUCCCACCAUACGCAGUCCCAGCCAUGUACUCCAGCAUUUCGCAAAUUGGUCAAGGAUGAGUUUACACCAACCAUUCCCCAUCGUAUCGUCGGGCCUCAACCAUCUGGGCAUCUGGCUUCACCGGUCAUGCCAGGAAGCUUCCCAGGAUCACAGCCCCUUGUCAGUACCGGCGGAGCAUCAGUCUACGACCUGACAUCGUACAACAGUAGUACUUCAGCCUUGGGUACUUCGACACACCCGUACGAUCUCACAAAAUCCUAUGGCGGCUCUUCCUCUCUCCAAUCCUUUCGCCCCUUUGGUGCCUCUUUGAUGGCUGAUCCUUACGCCCAUCUGCGCGAUCAGUUCACCGAUCCAACCAAGACGAAAGAGGAAAUUGAGGAGCUGCUCAAGCAUAUCAGACCUGACGAGGAAUUCUCGUCAGAGCAAGUGUCUGACCAACCCGGAGCCCUUAGUGCUAUUAUGAUGCCGCAUCAAAUGUAUGGCUUGACCUGGAUGCAGAAGAUGGAGGAAGGGACCAACAAAGGCGGAAUUCUGGCCGACGACAUGGGAUUGGGCAAGACUAUUCAGAGCAUUGCCUUGAUACUCAGCCGGCCCCCUGCCGAAAACCAACAUCGACCAACCCUUGUAGUCGCCCCUGUGGCUUUGAUGCACCAAUGGAAGCGCGAGCUCGAAAAGAUGGUCAAACCUCGACAUCAGCUUAAUGUUUUUGUCCUCCAUGGGCAGACGAGAACAACCACUUGGUCUGCUCUAAGAGCCUAUGAUGUUGUCCUUACCACAUAUGGUCUGCUAGCGUCAGAGCUGAAAAGAAAAGCGGCCUGGGAAGAGAAAUUGAAGCUCGUGCCUGAUGCUCGCGAGGAGUGUCCAGUCCUGGGUGAGCGUUCUCACUUCCACCGCGUCAUCUUGGACGAAGCCCAGAACAUCAAGAAUCACCGUGCCAAGCAGGCUUUGGCCGCUUGUCGUAUCAAGGCCGAUCAUCGCUGGGCUUUGACUGGCACUCCGAUGCAAAACAACGUCGAGGAAAUGUUCAGCUUGGUCAAAUUCUGUCGCAUCCGCCCAUACUGUGAGUGGGAACGCUUUAGAAAGGAUAUCUCUGGCCCGCUUAAAGCUCGUUGGGGAGACAGCAAGGACAAAGGGAUGAGGACUCUUCAGGCCUUACUUCGAGCGAUCCUGUUACGACGGACUAAACAGUCCAAGAUUGAUGGUCAACCGAUACUCCAGCUGCCCGAUAAGAAUACGACUGAAGAGCGUGUCACCUUCAACGAGGAUGAGUUGACCUUCUACAAAGCACUUGAGGCCAAAGCGCAGAUUCAAAUCAACAAAUACAUCCAGAAAGGUAGCAUGGGCCAAAAUUACUCUCAUGCACUUGUGUUGCUGUUGCGACUUCGACAAGCUUGUUGUCACCCUCACCUUGUUACCCAGAGCAAGGACUUCAUUCAGGCGGCAGGCAAUCUUGACACAAAUGAUCUCAUCACCAAUGCAGUUCAACUCGAUCAGAAGGUUGUUCAUCGCCUAAAAGAGGUCAACUCCUUUGAGUGUCCCAUUUGCAUGGAUGUCGACGAGAAUCCAGCUCUUUUCCCUUGUGGUCAUACGUUGUGCAGUGACUGUCUUAGUCGCUUAGUGGAUCAAGCAACGAAUGAUACAGAAGGACCGCCGAAAUGUCCUCAUUGUCGAGCUCACAUUGAUGCGAACAAGAUCACGGAUGUUGUCAGUUUCCAUCGAGUACAUUGUCCUGAUCGAGAGGGUGUGGAACCCCUUGGGCAAGAUAAUGGGUUUGAUUUUGACUCCGACAGCGACUCUGAAGAUGAUGAUGACGACGACUCAGAUGCGGGCCAGGAUCUCAACGGCUUCAUCGUACCUGACGAUUUUGAAGACUUGUCCGACUUCGACUCCAAGGGCAAGAAACCAGCCAAGCGAGCCACACGCAAGAAACGAUCUAAACCCCAGGACAUGAUGAAGUCUCGCGAUGCGUUCAAGUCACUUGCUCAAUUACGCAAAGAAGGGCUACGAAACAAACACGCCAAACGCAAAUACCUGAGACGGCUUCGAAAGAACUUUGUGACUUCGGCCAAAAUUGAUCGGACUAUGCAGCUACUAGAAGAAAUCAAGAGUCGAGGUGAGAACGAGAAGACCAUCAUCUUUUCCACCUUCACCUCGUUUCUUGACCUGCUCGAGGUUCCUCUAUCCGAUCACAUAGGGUUCCGUCACUAUGUACGAUAUGAUGGAUCGAUGUCGUCAGUCGACCGGAACAACGCUGUGCUCGAGUUUACCGACAAUGUCAAUUGCACUGUCAUCCUUGUUAGUCUCAAGGCUGGCAACUCAGGACUCAACUUGACCGCGGCGAACCACGUCGUUAUGCUGGAUCCCUUCUGGAAUCCGUUCGUGGAAUAUCAAGCAGCAGACCGUUGUUACAGAAUCGGACAGAAGCGAGAAGUGACUGUUCACCGGGUACUUAUAGGUGAACCGGAUGAAGCUGCGCCUGACCCUGAAUCGAAAGGUUUCACUGUUGAAGAUCGCAUUCUGGCGCUACAGGAGAGAAAACGUCGACUGGUUGAGACUGCCCUUGACGAAACAGCUGGAAGAGAUGUGGCAAGACUUGGUGUGAGAGAGUUGGGCUAUUUGUUCGGGCUCAACCAGUUAUGAUUAAGAAUUACUAAUACAGAAAGGCGGUCGUGGUUGCAGUGCGAGAAGGAAAACUCGACACCUCAAUGCUGCGAAGUCAUUGGUAGACCAUAUUCUUGCUGUGGACCGGUCUCCAGAGCGAGAAUAUGGUCUCCCGAAGACCUCGACGUGUUGAAAUCGAAAUCACCAGGGCAUCAGCACUCUGCUUGAAGCAUGAUUGCUGUCACCCCUUCACCCUCGAGCUGAGAGCAUCAACAGUACGGGCUACGAUUCUCUAACACCAUGAAUUACGUGUACAACAUUAUGAUACCCCGAUAGAUCGAGAUAUUGCUCCCGACGAGCUUACCCCUGAGGAGUUGUGUUUUCCCCCGGACUGUUUAUUUCGUCUCUUCGCAUCCGUUCAGAAUGUCGCUUUAUGGCUGCAGAACAUAAAGCCGCUGUCACAUGAGCUUGAAAGAAACAAUGAGCUCAAGUAUCUCAGACUCGAAAAGCAUGUUUACGACCCAGAACCAUCACAACAGAUGGCAGGUCCACAGAUAAUUGCAAUACAAGUU